AUGUUCCCCUUAGAAAUCGGUGGCACCUCCCAAGAUGGUUCUUUCAAGGAUGAACUGAACAAAGUUCACUGUGACUCACCACAACUAUGUUCAAUUCAGAGAGAUAUCUUCAUCUUCUUUCUCUCUUUCUGUUUUGUCAACAUUCUUUAUCUUAUUCUAUCACUCAUUUCUUUUCUCUUUCUUAUCUCUUUCUUUUUUCUUUUUUGUUUAUAUUGUAACUAUACCUUUUUCCUUUUUCUUUUUCUUUUUCGGUGUUCUUUCUUUCGUUUUGAUCAUUUCAUCGCUUGUUUUCUUUUCUUUUUCUUCUUUUUCUUUUUUCUUCUUUUGAUUCUAUCGCCAGUUACUUUUCUUUCAUUUUCUUGUUUUUUUAUUUCUUUCUUUCUUCGUUUCUUUUUGCUUCUAUCAUCAAUCACUCUCUUUUCUUUCUUACUUCCUUCUUUUUUCUUUCAUUUUCUCGUAUCUUUCUUUCUUUCUUUCUUUCUUUAUUCUGACAUCAAUCAUUCUUUUUCCUAUCAUUUUUCUCGUUUUUCUUUGUUCUUCAUUCUAUCAUCACUGACUUUUUUCUUUCCAUUUUCUCGUUUCUCUCUCUUUCUUUCUUUCUUUCUUUCUUUCUUUCUUUGA